AUGGCAAAUACCGACGACGCUCGCGAUGAAAUUAGGUCUUUUCGCCAAUUGUCGGGCGAAUUGUUGCAUGAAGCCUUUACAAGAUUUAAGGAAAUGAUGCGGAGAUGCCCACAUCAUCAAAUCGAGAAGUGGGAAUUGGUGAAGUGUUUUGUACGUGGGUUGGAUGAUGCAACAUGGAAUCGUCUCGAGUCGACAAGUAGCGGGACUCUUCUGAGCAACCAUGAAGACGAUGAUUGGGAGUUUCUAGAACGAAUGAGCAAACGGUCAAAAGAAAAAGAAUCGGGCGAUCGAGCCAAGAAACAUCCUAUUUCUCGGUCACUUCCCGAUCUUGACUCUAAAGAUCGGAUUUCUACUCUAGAGCGGGAAAUGGCUCGAAUGAAGAAGAAAGAAGUGGGUGCAAUACAACAUAGCGUAUGUGAAGAAUGUGGUGACAUCGGUCACAGGACCGAGAAUUGCCAAGCCACCGCGGAUGUGAAUCAAGUGUAUGGAGACCGGAGGCAAUAUGAUAUGAACUCCAACACUUACCACCCCGGAUUGAGGAACCAUCCUAACUUUAGGUAUGGUAACGCCUCCAACCAAAUGAACCCGAAUUUCCAAUCGGGAAAUCAAGGUGGGUAUUCGCACCAAAAUCGCCAAGGAGGUAACCAAGGGGGUUAUCAAAGGAACAACAAUCAAACUGGUGGCAAUGACUUGAGUGCCAAAAUAGAUGCUUUGCUGAAUAUGCAAAAAGAAUCUCAAAACAAUAUAAAAGAAUCUCACAAUGACAUUAAGGAGAUAAAGAAGACGAACGAGAUUCGGGACAAAGCACAUGAGGCAUUGGCAAAGCAAGUGGGCCAACUCGCGGAGGAAAUGGCUCAAAUAAGGGGAAGCAUGGGAAAGCUUCCAAGUGACACUACAGUGAACCCGAAGCAUCAAGGUUUUAGCACAAGCAAAGUGAGGGAUGCACGCGUUAGCGCGGUAAGUAUUCUUUUAAAUGAUGAAGUUUGUAGUGUUGAAAGCAUUCCACCACCACAAUUCGUUGAUGGUGUAGUGGAAAAUAUAGGUGAGGAGCCGGAAAGUGAAAAUGAACAAGAAACGAUUUCACAAAGUAAAGUUGAAAAUAUAACUAAAAAUUCUUUUUGUGAAAAUUGUUUAAAUCAACUUAACCCGAUUAAUGCAUCAAAAGUUGAGGAACGGUGCCCACCGAAGGACGAGGGGUGGGAAAAUUUUAAGCAAGCUAAAAUUAAUUUACCGUUACUAGAUGACAAUAAAAAGGUUCCGGCUCAUGUGGAAUGCUUAAAGGAGUUAAGCAUCGAAAAACGGCACAACAAAUUACCCGAACCGGUUGAUUUGAUAUCUCAUGUGAGUGUCGUUUUAUCGAGUGCCCUUCCCCAAAAAGCUCAAGAUCCGGGAGACCCUCUUAUUCCAAUUCAAAUCGGAACAUUUAAAAUCAAGAGGGCGCUCCUAGAUCUUGGAGCUUGUGUGAGCAUCUUGCCCAGAAGUUUGUAUGACCAAUAUGAUUUUGGUCCAUUAAAAAAAUUUGAUACUCCCGUGGUAUUGGCCGAUCAGACUCCCACGCAUCCAAGGGGGAUGGUGGAGGAUGUGAUUGUUAAGGUGGAUGAUUGCUACUACCCAGUUGACUUUUUGGUAGUAGACUAUGUUGGGUGUGUUGGGGACACCCAACCGAUAGUCAUACUGGGUAGACCGUUCCUGGCAACUGCUAAUGCCAUAAUAAAUUGUGCAACGGGAACGGUAAGCAUGAAGUUUGGGGACCGGGAAUUAAAUUUAAAUGUUUUUCCAAAAUUUACUAACUCACUCGGUGAGGAUAAGUGUCCUAAAAAGGACAUGAAUCCAAACAAAAAGGUUUGUGCUAUGGUUGGUAGGUUUGGAGAAACAAAGAAGAAGACGGUCAAGAAGAAGAAAGCAAAGAAGUCACCUCUAGAAAAGAAAAAAGAAGAGGAGGUGCGGAAGUUUGGACCGUUUGGCAACAAAUGGUACGAAUCACCGGUGGGUUAUUUUGAGGAGCUCGUGGACGGCAAGCAUGCCAUUCGACCACCAUGA